AUGGCAGCGCUGACCCACCGCUCCACGGACUGCCUCGGCGGCCGGCUCCACCGCGACGCCAUUCAAAGGUGCCCGUCCCGCGGCAUCGGUGCCGCGCGUGCCACCGCCACGUCCGACAACAAGCACGCGCGGCCGCCGCCGGCCCAGGGGAGGCGGCGUGGGCGGAAGCCUCGCCACGCCGCCGCGACGGUGCAGCAGCCGCAGAAGCUCACCAUGGAGGGCGUCGUGAUCCUGAAGCGCGGCGAGCAGGCCGUGCUCAAGUCGGAGAAUCCAGCCGUGGCGACUCCCGUUGCGCGGACACAGAACACCGAGACCGUGGCAGCUAGUACAUGCCAACACGGUGCGCAGGCGCUGUCCGAGUCUGCAUCGGCUGCGGAUCAGUGUGGAGAGCCGUCAGAGAAGGCGGAGACCGAUGGCCGGUGCCAUGCGCCGGCGACGAAGAUUGAGGCUGAAACCGUGAAGGCCGAGAAGGGGUCGCCGACAAAGACAGAGACCGAAGCUGCGGCGGCCGCGGACCGGUACAGUGUGCAGGCGAGAAAGACUGAGGCUGCGGCGGCCGCGGACCUGUGCAAUGCGCCGGUGAAGAAGGCCGAGGUUGUGGCGGCCGCGAAGCGAAUCAGCCCCAAGGCAAGGAAAGCAGGUUUUCGCGCGCGGACCGUCUAUGCGGGGGCAUCAUACGUGAUUUCGCCGGAUCCCGGCGAGCUGCCAAUUCCCCUCGCCUUUCUCAGGCCCCGCGCGUGGCACAUGACUGCAUGCGCGUAA